AUGUCAAACAUAAACAUUCUUCACAUGAAUCAAGGUGUUGGAGGAAAGAGCUACGCCAAGAAUUCAAGUAUUCAGAUGAGCAUGAUGAGUAAGACGCUGACCAUUGUGAAGGAUACUAUCACCGACAUGUUUACUAAUCAUUUCACACCAUUUGAAAUAUUAGAAACUUUUAAGAUUGCGGAUGUUGGAUGUGCCUCGGGUCCAAACACGCUUCUAUUUGUGUCGGAAGUUAUCGAUACUGUUUACAAUUUGUCCAACCAAAACCAAAACAAAUCCCUAGAGAUAUCGAUAGUAUUGAACGAUUUGCACAAAAACGACUUCAACAACAUUUUUAGUGCACUUCCAUCCUUCUACAACCGGUUACAAGAGAGACAUGGAUAUGAAUUUAGUCAAAAGUGUUUCAUCUCUGGAGUGGCUGCAUCUUUUUACGAGAGGUUAUUACCCUGCAAAAGUGUACAUUUUGUACACUCUUCUAAUAGCCUUCAUUGGCUCUCCCAGGUGCCAAACAAUCUAAAGAACAAAGGACAUAUUUACAUGGCAAAAGAUUGUCUUCCUAAUGUGUUUGAGGCUUAUAAGAAUCAAUUUUAUAAGGACUUCUCCUCAUUUAUUAACAAAAGAUCCCAUGAAAUAUUGCCAUCAGGUAGAAUGGUCCUUACAUUUAUGGGUAGGAGUAUUCCAGAACCAUCAAGCAAUGAUUGCUGUUGCCUUUGGGAAUUAUUAGCCCAGUCACUUCUAGACAUGGUUUCUCAGCAGGGACUCAUUCAAAAGGAAGUUGUUGAUUCAUUUAAUUUACCUCUAUAUACUCCUUACACUGAUGAAGUAAAGGAAAUCAUUAUGGAAGAGAAGUCUUUUGAUCUUGAAAAGAUGGAGAUUUUCAAAUACAAUUGGGAUCAAGAUGAUAAUAAUGAUAAAAAGAAGAGCGGGGAGAUUUUAGCCAAUUGUAUUAGAGCAGCUAUAGAACCGAUGUUGAGAACCCAUUUUGGGGAGCUCUUCUUAAACAAUGUGUUCAAGAGAUAUACCGAGCGCAUAGCUGAUCAUCUUAAAAUAGAAAAAACAAAGUUCAUAAAUUUCACCAUAUGCUUGAGGAAGAAAUAA